AUGAGUUCUGAGAGAGAAAGAGAGAGCUGCAAUUCUCGCCACUUCACAUGGCUCAUGAAGUCAUGCUUCCCCAGCCCAAAUGACGCCGUCGCAAAACUCCCCUCACCACCGCAGCCUCACACUAACACCCCUGCGCCCGUCACCACCCUAUCCUCGCUUCCCGACGACAUCGUUUUGGACUGCCUCUCCCGCGUGCCCCCCGCCUCCCUCUCUGCCCUCUCCCUCGUCUGUCGUCGCUGGUCCCGCCUCCUCCGUUCCCCCGCCUUCUCCUAUCUCCGCCGUCGCCUCCACCUACUCCGCCAUACCACCGUCGUCCUUGCUGCCACCGACAUCGGCCUCUCUGUCGCCACGCUCCUCGACGCCGCCUGGCUCCCUUCUCUUUUGGUUCCCUGCUUCGACGCCAUUUCGCUCCACGACUUCCACUUCCUAGUCACCCACGCGCGCGCGUGCUCCAUUGGUCCCAGGAUCUACCUCGUCGGCAGAAGCACCACGCUGCAGUACGACACGUGGACUGCGUCGGUUUCAAUGGGCGCGUCCACGGUUUUCCCGCGCAAAAAAUUUGCUCUCUCUUCCGCCGCCGGGAAAAUCUACGUUGCCGGUGGAAGUUCUCGGACGGCGGCAGUCGAAGAGUACGAUCCCGAAACCGACACGUGGGUCGUGGUCUCCAACGCGCCACGUAUGCGUUACGGCUGCCUUGGAGUCUCGGUUGAUGGGAUCUUUUAUGUCAUCGGCGGAUUGAGAAUUUGCGCAUCGACACAGAACCUGCUCCCACGCGCUUCCUGUAGAACUGAGGCCCACGCGGCGUAUGCGAGUUCCAUGGAUCUAUUUGACGUGGAGGCGCGUGUGUGGCUCCGAAGUCGCACUGUUCCUAACGGAGGCUGUGUGGUGGCGGCUUGCGCUGCGGCUGGACGCUUGUACGUACUCACCAGCCACGCGGUGGAGUUUUCGUUUUGGAGCUUUCACUUACGGAGGAAAAGCGGCAGUGGAAAAGGAUUUGGAGAGUGGAGUAGGAUAAAGAGCCCGCCACUACCGGCUCAAGUUAGAGUCGACACGAGGAUGAGGUUUAAUUUUGUAGGUAUUGGCGAUAAGGUGGUGCUGAUUCAGAGUUUGAAUGAAGUGAGAGGGGUGAAAGAGGGGUUUGUUUUGGUUUAUGAUUGUGCCACCGGAGAGUGGGAGAGAGGGGCGGAUUUACCGGAUGUUUAUCGACGCGCCACUUAUGUGGGUGUGGAAUGCUAA